AUGGUAAGUGCAGCCUGGAGUUCCGCACAGUGUCCGAAUAAGCACGUCACGUUCGAGCCGACGGAACGCACGGUUCGAACAGUGAUCAUAUCGAGCCCCGGUCGAUCAUCCGCCAGGUGUUUGCAGCGGCGCACCUGGAAGAGUGCCGAGACAGCUGGCUCCUGUGGCUGCCAGCCGUGUGUCGCUCGUCACAGCACCGGUGGCGGUGGAUUGAACUGCAGCUCUGUGCCCGACGAUACAAUGGAGAUGAGGCACUUUCCGCCUCCCUCCGCCGGCUUCGCCUCGGACGCCGACGGCACUGCUGCAGAGGAUGCGCAGUCGCGACCUGCUUCCUCAGCGGUCGCGGGACAGCAUGCUUCCGUUACAGCCGCAAUGUCAGUGCAAAGUCAAAAUGAUAUAAUAUCACAGUGCAAAGACCUCUGGGCUUUACGGGCUGAGUACUGCGAUGAGGAGAGAAAUUGCAACGAUGCGGAGGACACGGAUGAUGCAGAAACGCAGCGGUGCCCAAGGUGGUUCGCCUGGGACCGAAGCGAGGAGGAGUGUGGUUCUGUUUCGAGCGCGGAUUCCAAUGAAUUCGUAGCCGAAAUCUCAUCUUUGAACUAUUAUCUCGCCCAUCUAUCGAUCGGCCACGCGUCCGCACAUUCCAUGGAGAUCGAAGCGAUCAGGAAUCGCUAUUUUAAAAAAUACUGGAAAUUUUAUGAGUCCAGCAAUUCGCACGCGAGUUCAAUGAAGCGCGACUUCUCGGAAAGUGGACAAACUCAUCAAGGUUUGAUGUUUUUCAUUGCAGACAAGAAUAAUGUUAAGUACAAGUAA